AGAAAAAAAAAAAGUGACGCUUGUCACACACGUAAAAAUUAUCAUUUUUUUUUCUACUUUGAAAUAUGCGAUUAUCUAAUGUAUUAAGAACAAAUCAAUCCUCUUUUUCUAUCUAUAUUCACUGGCCUUAUUGUCAAAGCAAAUGUACUUAUUGUAACUUCAAUAAAUAUGUCAACCCAAAAGACCCACCUUAUGACCGUCUUGCCAAAGCUAUGGCCACUGAACUUAACUGGUACUUGAACCAACCGAAAUACCAAUUGCAACACCGAAGACUUCACUCUGUUUAUUUUGGGGGAGGAACACCAAGUUUAGCCAAGCCCUCUGUCAUGGCGACGCUUUUAGAAACAAUUCAACGAUUCGUUCAUAUUGGUCAUGACACGGAAAUCACUGCAGAGUUUAAUCCGACGUCUGUCGAAAUGACGAAAUUAAGGGCGUUUCGAGAUGUGGGGAUCAACCGCUUAUCACUUGGCAUUCAAUCAUUUGACUCUAACGAUUUAAAGAUAUUGGGACGAGAUCAUUCAGGAAAAGAAGCAUUGGAUGCAUUGUUGAUGGCUAAAGAUGUCUUUACUAAAGAAAGAGUCAGCUUCGAUUUGAUUUAUGCUCGGCCUGGACAAACACUAGAAGCUUGGAGAAAAGAAUUAAAACAAGCACUGGACAUAGCUGGUGAUCAUCUAUCUAUGUAUCAACUUUCGCUUGAGAAAAGCACACCUCUGCAUAAACAGACACUAAAGCGACUUGUCCCAACUAUGCCUAAUUCAGAUAAAGCAGCUGACAUGUAUGAAGAAACUGUCAAUAUGGCUCAAGAACAUGGCUUUGCACAUUACGAAGUAUCGAGUUACGCAAGAACUCAGAAGGCAAUCAGUAGGCAUAACUUUGCCUAUUGGCAGGGCAUGGACUUUUUAGGUAUAGGUCCAGGUGCACAUGGAAGAUUGACAGACAAUCAACAACGUAUUCGUACGUUUGGUGAAUUUCAUCCCGAAAAAUACAUGGCCUUGUGUGAAGCAGAGGGUGAAGGCAUUCGUAAAUGUCAGCCUAUUUCAUCACAAGACAUGAUGGAGGAACUUAUUGUAUUUGGUAUGCGCACACGCAUGGGUAUACCAAGAUCAAGAUUUAUGUCUAUGACGAAUGGAAAAAAUCUAGAUGAUUUUCUAGACCAAGAGGCUCUCGCCUUGUUUGUUAAAGCAGGUUUUCUAAUAGAUGAAUCAAGUCUGACAAAAGAUAUGGAACAUUAUAUACCAAAAGAACUAUUACAUGAAUGGUCUCAAGGUGGCAUUAGGCCUACUGAAUCAGGAUUAGCAAGAAUUGAUUCAAUUCUUCCUCGUUUAAUCAAGUUUAUUUAACAAGAGUUUCAAUAAAAGAGGGA